GGGUUGCAACCCACAGGUUGAGAACCACUGCUCUAGGGAGUAAGGGGCGCCAGACCAUGGGGGAUACCUAGUGGAACUUCAUGCCAUGAAACUGACAGAGGCCAGAAAAUAAGUUUACCGGAGCAAGUGUGACUUGAACCCCCAAAACCAACAGAGGAAGAGGAGUCUAGGUCCAUGGCAGAAGGCUUGUCUUGCAUACAUUAGACCCUGGGUUCAAACCUGAAAAAAAACAAAGGUGUCACUAGCCACAUGUGGCUACCGAGCCCUCCAGAUGUGACCAGGGAGGAUGGAGAAGGAAACAUGCAGAGAAGCCUGUGAGCAGCCAAGGGUGCAGACGUGUUACAAACCACUGCUCUUCAGGGAACCCGGCUUCCAGCCACAGCCCAGCUGUAAGCCCUCGUUCUCCACGAACUGCCUGUCGUCCCUUGCCUGGAACUCCCGGCCUGACCCUGCUCCCUGAUAGUCCCUGCAGCCCACAGUUCCCCUGACCCAACUCCCUUUCCCAGAACUCAGUAGUCUGAGCCCCUAGCCUGUGGCCUAAGCCUUUCCUGCCUUCGACUGAAACAGUAGCAUCUUCUAAGCCCUGGGGGCUUCCCCAGGCCCCAGCCCCGACCUAGAACCCGCCCGCUGCCUGCCACACUGCCGCUUCCUCUAUAAAGGGACCCAAGCGCCAGCGCCCAGGACCCCGCACUGCAGGUUCUCUCCAUGACACCACUUGGACGCCUCUACCUCUUGAGGGUGCUCAGCGCCCCCCCUGUCUUUCUUCUGGGGCUGCUGCUGGCCCUGCCUCUAGGGGCCCAGGGAGUCUCUGGUGCUCGGUUCUCAGCUGCCAGGACGGCUCAUCAGGCCCCUCAGAAGCAUCUGAGUCAUGGCAUCCUGAAACCUGCUGCUCAUCUUGUUGGAUACCCCAGCAAACAGAACUCACUGCUCUGGAGAGCGAACACAGACCGUGCCUUCCUCCGACAUGGCUUCUCCCUGAACAACAAUUCGCUCCUGGUCCCCACCAGUGGCCUCUACUUCGUCUACUCCCAGGUGGUCUUCUCAGGGGAAAGCUGCUCCCCCAGGGCCAUCCCUACUCCCAUCUACCUGGCCCACGAGGUCCAGCUGUUUUCCUCCCAGUACCCCUUCCAUGUGCCUCUCCUCAGUGCACAGAAGUCCGUGUAUCCAGGGCUACAAAGACCGUGGGUACGCUCAAUGUACCAGGGGGCUGUGUUCCUGCUCAGUAAGGGAGACCAGCUGUCCACGCACACAGACGGCGUCUCCCACCUGCACUUCAGCCCCAGCAGCGUGUUCUUCGGAGCUUUUGCUCUGUAGAAUCUAGAAAAACCCAGGAUUGGUUUCCAAGCCUCCGUUCUGACCAUUUUAAGGGCCACACCACUUCUCCUUUGCCCGUGCCCACAGUCUCAAGCCUUCCCCACCAAAAACACUCAGAGCUUUCACAGGAGUCCGGGGCACUCCAGAGGAACCACCUCAGAUGCUCAACUGAGGAGUCAAGCCUGCCUACAAGUCCGACACAGAGCAGGGUCUCUGUGGGUCUGGUGGGGUAGAGACCUGGAUGUGAAGAAGGGGCAGAUGUGGGGAGAUGCCUGGGGACAGGGAAGGGAGGCUAUUUAUGAAGGGAAAGGUUAAGUUAUUUAUUUAUGGAGAAUAGAACGAGGAGAGAAAUUGAAAGGCAUCGGAUGACAACCAGGUUCCAGACACAAAGAGUAAGGUGGCAUCAGGACAGGACUCGUCGAAGGGAGAGAGAAGCAGGUGUGAGUGACCAAGGGGUUUAGAAGGAGGCACAAGGCUCUGAGCGCACUGUUUGGCUAGACACCACGAGGAGAUGUCUGCACCA